AAACAAUUAGCAAACUGCAGCGGCAACUUAGUAGCUUCUAGGCGAGUGAAACUUCCUCUUACAGUUACUAGACAGUGCCCACGACUAGGUCUUUGUCCAAGACCUGCGGUGAACCCUUUCUGUGUUUACCAUCUUGGUCGCCGGCGUGUUGGCAAGAGCUAUAAGUACAACGUGAAGCGUGCCUUCCCAUCUCACUCCUCACUCAUCCUGAGAUUCUGGAAGUCAACCUCCAGCUCUCAUCCCUUCCCGCUACCUCUUUUCAUCCCAUCACGUUUCGUGGUUUAUCCCCAUCGCCCAUCAUGGCUUCCAGAGUACUGCGAGACGUCACCAACUACAAGCAGUCUCAACUGGCAGACCGUCACGAGGCCUUUGAGAAACGCAAGGCCGAGCUCCUGAGUCAGGUUCAGGAAAGCAAGAACCCCAUCCUCACACUCAUCGAGGGCUUGGACAAACUCGGUCUCAAGUCGACAACUGCCGCCCCUUCGUUCGGAGGAUUCCCGCUCUCUAACACCCAGUUGAUGCUCAGUCAGUCCGAGUUUGAUGCAUCCAUCCCUUCGGCUCUUCCCGCUCAGUGGCAGGCUGAUCUUGAACGCCUCCUUACCAUUCAGUCCAACAAGUUUGAAUACACAUCUUUGUUCUCAUCCCUCGCCACUGAAUGGGUCGACAAGCCCAACGAUGCCAACCUCCUCCUCGAUGCCCACUUGGGAGGCGAUAGCACUGCAGAUUCAUCAGACACCGAAAGCUUCGAAUCUGUCCAGGUUGGCCGUGAGGAAAUGCAUCGCCAACGUCAGGAGUGGGACUCUUUCGUCUUCACCGAACGCAAGACAGACACGGUCGCCAUCGAGAAGUACCUUGCCGACAUCUUCAUCGAGCCCCAGCAGAAGAAGAAGGUUCGAGAGACACCAUUCGAGCUCUUCCGCAAUGGCUGGAAAGACCGGAUGGUGGUUAGCAACCUUGAUUGCACCAGCGGCGAUGUCGGACUAGCCAUCAAGGCUGUGCUCAAGGCCGAUCUCCUCAGCGGCCGCAAGAGAGAUGAACUGAUCGCACUCAGUAGUGCUGGAAAAGGUGUGCUCAGCGAAGUUGCCGACGUCAUCAACAUGGAGCUUCAAAACCUCGGAGACUGGUCCUGGAAGCCUUCGCCGACCCCUGCUCAGAUGAGAAAGCAGAUCAAUGGAAAGUACAGAGUCUACAUGGAUCCUGAAAUCCACCAAGCUCUCCUUCUAGAGUACCUUGGAGUCCGAUUUGCAGUUCACACCAAGCAACAGUUCGAGUCCUUCUUCCGCUCCAAUGCUUGGCCGAAGUCUGCUCACAACACCAUGAGUUCUCGCGAUCAUGCUCGUGCUGCCUUCUACCUCAGCCGCAAGCCCAGCUUCAACGAGUCUCUGCUUUACCGCCGUCGUGAACAGUUCAAGGAUGACUUCUUCCUCACUCAGCUUCCUAGCUCCAUCCAGGAAGGCAACCGCGACUACAACGCCCCUGAUGACUCUGAUGAGGAGGAUUCUGAGAAGAAGUCGCCUCUUGAAGUCAAGCAGACGCUUCUUCGACUGGCUACUACUGAGCUCAUGGUUCAAAGAAAGAUCUACGGCAGCUUCACCCUCUGUCAGACUGACUUCAAGUGGUUCGGUCCCAGCCUCCCUCACAGCACCAUUUUCACUGUGCUGGAGUUCUUGGGCAUUGAGGACUCUUGGGUCGACUUCUUCAAGAAGUAUUUAUCCAUGUCUCUCGUCUUUCCUCAGGAUGGACCCAACGCCGAACCUCGCACUCGUCGUUGCGGUGUGCCUAUCAGUCAAACACUCAGCGAUGUAUUUGGCGAGGCAAUCCUGGCUUGUCUCGACUUUGCUGUCAGCAAGGCAACCAAGGGUCGCUGUCAGCUCUACCGCUUCCACGACGAUGUCUGGUUCUGGGGUCAGAAGGAGGAUUGCGAGCUGGCUUGGGAAACUAUCAAGAAGUUCACAGCUGUCAUGGGCAUGGCUUUGAAUGAGGAGAAGACUGGUUCAAUCCAUGUGAGCGACAAGGGCGAGAAGCCAUCUACCAUUCUCCCCAAAGGCCCUGUUCGCUGGGGUUUCUUGGUUUUGGACCCUGUCCAGGCUCGCUGGGUCGUUGACAUGACCAACGUUGACCAGCACAUCGCCGAGAUGCGCCUGCAGUUUGCACAAUGCCGCUCCGUCUUCUCCUACGUCCAAGCCUGGAACAGCUACAUGGGCCGCUUCUUGGGCAACAACUUCGGACACCCAGCCAACUGCCUGGGCAGUGAACAUCUCGACAUGAUCUUCACCACAUUCAAGUACAUCCAGAAAAAGCUCUUCGUCGACGAUGAUAAGGUCACCGGUUGCGAGGACGUCACUUCUUACCUCAAGUCAAUCAUUGAAGAGCGCUUCGGCACCAAGGACAUCGCCAAUGCCUUCCUCUAUUGGCCCAUCGAGCUCGGUGGCCUUGAGCUGCGCAACCCCUUCAUUCCUCUCAUGACCACUCGUACUAACUCGAUCAAGAAGCCUUACGAACUCAUCGAAGCGGCUUUUGAGUUAGACGAGGAGAAGUACGAGGAGGCAAAGCGAGCCUUUAACAAGAAAAAAAUCUACGACAUUCCCAGGGGCUGUGACCCGGAGAAGUUCUUCUCCUUCGAGGAAUUCGUGCGCUUCCGUGAGGAGACUUCUAGCUCACUCAAGGAUGCAUACGUCGAGCUAUUGGAGUCGCCUAUGGUUGAAGGCCUCGAGUACACCCGCUUCAUGGAGUUUGCCGUCAACACUCUUCCUCGCGAGUUCCGCGGCUCGAAGCAGAUCAAGCCUUCGUACAACCUCAUGGAUGUGUACUGGCAGUGGACCGUUCAACUCUACGCAGCUGAAGCCAUGGAGAGAUUCGGCGGCCUGGGUUUGGGCGAGAAGGAGAUGUUGCCAGUUGAGUUGGUCAACCUUUUGAGAAGCGAGAAAGUUCGUUGGCAGGGAUGAUGGGUGAUGUUGUAUCACACAGAUGUGGAUGAAGUCGGAUACGAGGAACCAGUAUCAUAUGAGAAGCGCAAGCAGCGCCACAACAAGCAUGAAUUAACGCCAGCAUGAGUAACGAAGGCAUGAUAAACAAAGGCAUGAAUAGCAUUAUUAGAU